AAUUGCGCGCGGGCGUUUUAGCGGUCCCAGUCCUUAACGAACCUCAGUACGCAGAUAGAUAACAAAAUAUACGCUACCGCACGGCCCUGAAUACCAUGUAACCCGCUAGCUGCAUACAUUAUUAGAUCAAUUAUUGACCACAAUCAGUUUUCGGACGAAAUAGGCUAGACAUACACUGGUAAUACCAAUAUAUAGACAGGUACACGUGGGCUAGGUAUCCGAGAAAUCUCGGUCUUGCCUUACACACAAACGAUUUUAUGAACGAUCGAAGUGAACGUCCGAUAACCCCAGAGAUCGGGAAAAGUUACCAAUUUCCGGACGCUCGCCACCAACACUUUGAGAGAGGACGGAGGAGAUUCCAAAGCUAGUGCACGUGUAAAGCUACCCUUCCUCUAUAGACACGCCAUAUCUGUUUCGUCAAAAUUCCACGGAAGCAGCUCGCGGUCGAGCCAAGCGCGGGGGUCACGCCCUGACUCGCGACUGCGCACGCUCCCUGUCUCUAGUAGUCACAUGUCUUUGUACAGCCGAUCGGAGAAGAACAUCAGGUGACUCUGCGCAGGCCUUCUGGCCAAAUAGUCGAGUUUUGCUCAGUGUUUUCCGUUGUUUUUGUUCUGACAGAAGAAGGCUGGAGUAUGUAGAAACAGUUGUAAGCUGGCAGGAUUGAUGCAUUGCAGACAAAGUACUCCUGUGACAGAGACCUUCCAUCUACCACAUAUAUCAACACUUGACUCAGAUAUUGAAGACAGUGAUGGUGACUGGAGGUGUCUGUCAAGGCUAUACAUGUCCCAGACCAAGGAACUAGACUGCAGUCAGUUGCUGCUCUGUCAGACAGCGAAUCAGGACAGAAACGUUCAGGACAACGACAGAAACGUUCAGGACGUCCAGGAACUAGACUGCAGUCAGCAGCUGCUAUGUCAGACAGCGAAUCAGGACAGAAACGUUCAGGACGUCCAGGAACUAGACUGCAGUCAGUUGCUGCUCUGUCAGACAGCGAAUCAGGACAGAAACGUUCAGGACAAUGACAGAAACGUUCAGGACGUCCAGGAACUAGACUGCAGCCAGUUGCUGCUCUGUCAGACAGCGAAUCAGGACUGAAACGUUCAGGACAAGGACAAAAAUGUUCAGGCUCAGCUCAUGGCAUAAGAGGGUCAAGUUCUUGCUUUUUGAAAACAUGCUAGCACCCUACAGCGUAUAGUGGGUGGAAUGUGAAACCUGCAACUCCUGGCUCCACUGUAUUUGCGUGUCAGUGAAGCCUAGCCAGGCGUCACAACCUACUUUCCACUUCAAGUGUUCAUUUCGUAUUUACUUC